ACUUCACUUCAACAUAUAUUUCAUGUUGGUUCAUGCGUAGGAUGAAAGGUUGGGCGUCUUGAUUUUCAUCAUGAAACCUGUUCCAUGGCGUUAUUUGAUUCAAGGCUCUGCUCUUGACAUAAACGAAAUCUCACUCAGUCACUUCCAACAAAACUUCUUCCAACCGGGACUGCCCGUUGUCCUUAGAAAUCCCCUACCUACCUCCCUUGCUGGCAAUGCUCGCAGUCUUGCGCCUUACUAUGAAGCUCUUAGACCAACCGACGGCUUAUCUAAGCAUUCUGGACUGAGGCUAUGGAAACAAAGUAAUAUCCUUACCAAAGGCGAAGAUGAAUAUUCUUGCCAUCAACCGCUUUGGCAAUGUUGGGACACCGCCUUUGGUGGAAACCACCAUACAUCAUGUCCAUUUGAGAUUGGCGUCUCACCGCGACAGCAGCCCGGUCUGACACACUUUCUUUUGUGGCUACGUGCAAGGCUGCCAGAUAUUCCUCGAGAUGACAUUGUUGAUCAUCAACUUGGCGAACAAGACAUGCAGUUGGAAAGCCUACUCUCUACUGAACUCCGCAGCUGUACCCCUGGCUCAUCAAUGAUCCGCUUCGAAGGUCCAAUAAGUCUCUUUAAGCUUGCAGUAAUGUACAACCACGCCUCGUUGAGUUCUGGUGGUCAACCACUCGCCAACUUCUACGUUGCGCAAUUGCCAAUCGCAGAUUUACCUCCGAAUCUUCAAGCAGCAUUAGCUCCACCUCAUGUCGUCCUGAAUGCCGGCAAGGGGGACGUUUACGGGGGCAGCCUGUGGAUGGGCUUGACACCGACCAAAACAUCCUGGCAUCGAGAUCCCAAUCCCAACAUUCUUUCCCAAUCUGUGGGCAGUAAACUUGUCAGGAUGAUGCCACCAAGAUCGGGUGAGCGCGUUUUCCAUGAUGUACACAGUCGACUGGGAACUAGAAACUUCAACUCUCGAUUCCGUGGCAUGGAAUUGUUGGAUGGCCCAGAAGCUACUGCCCUAGAUGAUGCGGUUUGGGGCCCUGAUGCGGAUCAGAUGCCGGAGAUGGUCGAAGCCACACUAAAUCCAGACGAAAGCCUCUUUAUCCCAAAGGGUUGGUGGCAUAGCGUCAAGAGCCUCAAUCCCGGAACAGCAUUUAACGGUUUACUUAACGUAUCCGUCAACUACUGGUUCCGCUAACACGGAUGGAUGGCAUAACACUGGUGCAGCGUUUAGCUAUUUCAAUAGCAAAAAAAGGCUUUGGGGUAUUGUAUCUCAAUUUGAUUAUCUCAAGUACAAAAAGACAGUAGACAUAAGAUCAAAAGGCCAUCUGAGAUUAACACGGCAAGACGGAAUCCUCGGCAGAUGUACCACAAGAACAAUCCUUGCUCCAACGGGGCAGUACUUCGCGUGCAGAAAUGCAAUAUGUUAAUCAUUAAACACUCCCAGAAAUUCAUUUAAUCAUUGGCCAACUUGGCCGAAACCAUGCUCUAUCGCAUGCGCGCAUCUUCAUUAGAAUCUUCCUAUCCUCAAACUUUGGGGUCGGGCUCAACUGGGUUCGUCUUGGGCUUCUCGGUGGUCGUGGCACCACCACUGGCAGGCACUGUUCCAGGAACGGCGGCGGGCGAAUCCGAAGCACCAUCUUUGGGCUUCUCAGUGCCAGCAGCACUGGUACCUAGGAUCUUCUCAAGGCCAGCAGCCCUGGCCGCGCUACCACCGGCAUCCUGCUUCUUGAGUUCAGCAAGCCGGACAGCCUCGGCGUGGAUGUCCUGAACCUGUUUUGAGGAUUGAGUGUAGAAGUCAACGAUCUUCUUGCCGGUCGGGGUGCUGGCAGCCUUCUCAAAGUACGAGUUGAUGCCAGUAAGCAGGGAUGUGGCUCGGGUGGUGAUGCCAUAGCUUUGGUCUGCUGUCUUGGCACGGUCGGUGGCGUGGUACUUCUGGUCGAGGUUUUGAAGAGUACCGACGAAACGCGACGAGACUCCGUGGUGCUGGUCCAAAUCGAUGGCCUUCUGGAUGGCCGCGUCGCCGACUACGUAACCGUGAGCGAGGUACUCGGCCAGAAUGCGUGCUCGUGGCUUAUCCUCUUGAGUGAUCUCGUCCGAGUCACGGUCUGCGUUGGUCUUUUCGGGGUGUGCACCAUCGCCGACAGGCGAGUCGCUGGUGACCGAAAUGUGAGAGGGGCCAA